AUGUCUGAUCAUUAUGAUUUAGAUCAAAAUUUCAAACAAGAUCCAAUUGAUGAAAUAUUUGGAGAUCAAGAAAAUGAUCAUCAAAUUUUAAAUAAUGAUCCACAAGAAGAUGAUUUUUUUACAUCAAUUCAACAAAAUCAUCCUAUAACUCCAUAUAAUAAUGAUAAUGAACAAAAUCUAAAUAUAAAUGAAUUAAAUUAUCCUGAAUCAAAUCAAGAAAAUCAAGAAGCUCAAAUUGUUGAUGAAAUAUUUAAUGAAGAUGGAGGAGAUUUUUUACAACCAGAAGAAAACAAUGAAAUAUCGAACAAUAAUGAAUUCCAAUAUAAUGUAGAACCAGAAGAUUCAAAUUCACAAAAUAUUCAAAAUCAAGAAGAAACUAAUUUAGAAUUUUUAAGAGAUCAAAAUGAUCCUGAAUCUUUCUUUGAUCAACUUUCAAUACCUCAAGGAAAUGAAGUACAACGUAAAAGUAUAGAUACUACAGAACAUGAAGAAUUUAUACCCAAUGAUGAUGAUUUUUAUAGACCAAAUGAUGAUGAAUAUAAAAAUAAUAACAACAACAAUAAUUAUGAUGAUGAUGAUGAAUUUCAAGUAUCUGAUUAUGAAAAUAACCCUUUUGAACAAUCUGAAAUUUUACAAUUAGGAGAACAGACUGUACCUGAAAAUAAAGAAUAUGAACCUUUACCUCAAUGGGAAGAUCAACAAAAUAGCAUAGAGAAUGAAGAAGAAGAACAGGAAGAAAAUAAUGAUAAUGAUAGUUUAUUUAAUGGUUCAACGCCAAAAGAAUUGGAGAAAGAUGAGUUGGAACAAUUAUUGGAUGAAAAUGAUAAACCAAAUAAUGAUGAAGAACAAAAAGAAAAUGUGGAAGAACAGAAUGAUGAAGAUCAACAAGCAAUUGAUUUAGAUUCUAAACUCGAUGAUUUAUUUGCAAAAGAUAAUGAAGAUGAUUUUAUCAAGGCAUUAGGACAGAAAAAGCAAGAAUCAAAUGAAGUUGAUUCAACUAUUGAUAAAUUAGCAGCACUUGAUUUAAGUCUAGAUGAUGAUUUAUUAUUAGAUGAAGAAUUUUUAGAUGAACCUAUAGAGUCAAAACCUUUACCUAAACAAGAACCAAUAAAAGAGCAUAAAAGUUAUACACCAACAACAACUAAUCCUUAUAUCAAACCAUCAACAAAUCAAAAACAAAACAGUCAACAAGAAUUUGUACAAAAUUUAGAAAAAUCAAAAAAGAAAAAUGAUGCUUAUGAUUUUCCUGAUGGGUUAUUAAUUAAUAAAGUUAGACCUGCUCCAAGACAUACAACCUCAAAUAAAUAUGCACCAUCAGCUGGAAAUUCUCAAAGUACAAUAAGCACAUUGGGUGGCACAUCUCAAGAUAAUUCUUUGGCUGCUCCACCGCCUUCAAAUAAUUUACCACCUCAAAAACAAUCUUCAUCUAAUCAAGAACAACCACCACAGGAAAAGAAAGUUCAACCUAAAAAAUCAUUUUUUGAAGAAUUACCAGGUGUUGAGUUACCAAAACCUAAUAGAGCUGUCAGAAAACCAGCUCCAGUGAAAUCAGUAAACAAAUUUCAUCCAAUGUCACCAGUUCAACAACAAAAACAACCAAUUAAUACAGCUCCGCCUGCUCCUCCAAAAUCAAAUAAACCUCCUCCAGUUAAUCCAUAUAAACCUAAACAAGGUACAUCACCUAUUUUUCAACAACAUGUACCAAUUGUUGGUCAUACCGGAAUAGCCAAACCAAAUGUUAAUCCACAACCUAAUUAUGCACCUGCUCCAAAUUCAUAUAUGUUUCCACCAACAAGUAAUUCAACACCUGCUGUACCAUCACAAGAACCUAUUGGAAUGGCUCCACCUUCGUCAAAUCCUCCAAUUGCAUCAGCUCCUGUAAAUUCCGGUCUUUCAAACAAUAGACGUAUUUCAAAUCCAAUAAAUACAAAUUUAGGUAAAAAUCUGCCAUCACAUAAUAGUCCUUACGUUCCAAAUGCAGGACCUUAUGCACCACUGAAUCAACCAAAAACUCAUUCAAGAGCUGGUUCUUUAUUAGGUGGUAAGGGAGGUAAAGAAUUAAAUCCAUAUGCCCCAGCAUUAUCAACUGUUCCUAGUAAUAAUAAUUCACCAGCAAUGACUAAUUUACAUUCUCAACAACCUCCACAUUUAUCAAAUGCAAUAGUUCCACCAUCAGGUAGAAUAAGAGGUAUAUCAAAUGCAAAGGGAAAUAUAUAUAAAACAACUCCAAAAAUUGUUAAACCUGAAGAAUUAAAUUUUAGACAAUUUCCAAUUUUUAAUUGGAGUAUAUCUGAAAAAGUUGUUUUAUUAAAACCAAAUUCAACAUAUGGUAAACCAGUAAUAACAAUUGAUCCAAUAAAGACAUUUUGUAAAGAUCAAGAAAUUUAUUUAAAUUUCCCUGGUCCAUUAUCUAAAAGUAAACUGAAAAAGAAAGAAAUUUUAAAUUGGUUUGAAAUUUCAUCUCAAUACUUGCUAAAAAAUGGGUUUACAGAUGAAUUAUUAUUAAAUAAUAUAUUAAUGGAAAUUAUUAAAAAUGAUGGUGAUUUAAAAUCAAAUGAUUGUUUAAAACAAAUUUGUCUUAUAUUAAAUCCAAAUGUUAAUUUUAAUGCUCAAGAUUUACCAAUAUCAGGAGGUACAACAAAUGGUUAUAAAUUAGAUAAUUCAGGUAUAAAUACAGUAUUCGCAUUAAUUCAAGCAGGUGAUAUUUCAAAAGCAUUAGAAUAUUCAAUAUCAAAAAAUGAUUGGGCUUUAGCUUUAGUAUUAGCAAAUUUUAGUGGUCCUGAAAGCUUUUCUAAAAUUGCAAGUGAAUAUGCAAGAAACACUUUCCCUUUUUCAAAAGCAAAUAAUAAAGUAUUACAUAUUAUGCCAAUUUUAUUAAAAGUUAUUGGUGGGAAUGUACAAAGUGUUAUACAAGAUUUAACUAAUGUUCCAAAUGAAGGAGAUUAUGCUAAUUUACAUUGGAAAGAAAUUAUAUCAUCAGUUGUUAUAAGUGGUUCUCUCAAAACAAAAGAAUUUUUAAUUGAAUUUGGUAAAUUUUUGAUAAAUAAUAAAAAUCUAAUUGGUGGAGAAAUUUCAUUUAUUUUAUCAGGUUUACCAUUUGGUCAACAAGGAUUUUUAGUUAUAUCAUCAGGUCACCAUUCAAUGUAUACACAAAUUUAUGAACAUAUUUUAAAUUUAAAUAAUACAUCAUCAACGCCAAUACAAUUCCCACAUUUAUUACCAAUUAAAUUAAAACAUGCUUCAACAUUAGCUGAUUAUGGAUUAAUUAAUGAAUCUCAAAAGUAUAUUGAUUCAAUAAAUUCAAAUUUAAAAUCUUUAGGUAAUAAAUCACCAUUUAUAACACAACAAUUAAUACAAGAAUUUCAAAAUCUUAUAAUGAGAUUAAGUGAAUUAGGAUCAAAUGAUUCAAGUGGUUGGUUUGGUAGUAAAAUGAGUAAAGUUAAUUUAGAUAAAGUUUGGGGACAAAUUGAUAAAUUUAUUGUUGGAGGUAGUGGAGAAGAGACUAAACAAAAAUCAAAUGAAAAUGGAGUAUUUAGUAAAUUUAGUCCAUCAGUUUCAAGAAAUGCUUCUACUUUAGAUUUAGGUACUUUACAUACUUAUACAUCACCAUCAAUUAGAGGAGGACCAGAUCAAUUUGAAAAAAUAAGAUCUUCUAAUCAAACACAAAUACAAUCAAAUAAUAUAUAUAAUCAACAACAUCCUGGAUUAGAUUCAAAUUUUUCAUCAACUUCAAUUAAUAAGUAUGCUCCUUCAAAUUUAAAAAAUUCACCAUUUCAAAAUCAACAACUGAAUGAUCGUUAUGCUCCUAAUAAUUCAUCACAAUCAAAUUUAAUUGAUAAUUCUAAUUCAAUUUUUCAACAAAGUCAUAACUUACAACAACAACAACAACAACAGAAGCAAGUUUCUCCACAACAGCAACACUCUCAUUAUCAACAUAAUCAAACAAAACCUCAUUCACCAUUAGCUCAAAAAACAACUUAUCCAUAUAAUAAUCCAUUAGGUCCAAUAUCAACUUCAUCUAUAGGAUCGAUACCACCAACUAAUGCUCAACCACCAAUUCAAGGACAUGGUCAACAAAAUUCAAUAUCAAGUGUUAUAUCUGGUGAAAGUAUACUGAAUUUUCAAACAAAUGUUGCACCAGUUAUAACUCCUCAAGUUGAAACAAUUCAAGAAUCUCCUGAAUUAAAACCAGGUUUACAAUUACCAUCAUCACAAGAAAAAUUACAACAACAAGAAAAGAAAGAAGAUUUGAAAUUGGAGGAAAAACAACCUACAGCUCCACAAGCACCGCCUCCACCAAUUAAAAAGACAAAAUCUGCUCCUCCAACAGCUAGAUCAAAUCCUUAUGCUCCUUCAUCAAAUUUAAAAUCAAAACCAAGAAGAAAUAAAUAUGGACCUCCAACAAUUGGUGAAAAUAAUGAUUCUAGUUUAGGGUUAACUGCUACUUCAAACAAUAAAUAUGGACCUCCUCCUUCGAACAAUAGUUAUGCUCCAAGUGUUGUAUCUAAUUAUGCUCCUUCAAUUGAUCAAAAUCAAAAAUUACCUGAACCUGAAUCUAAUGUAUUAGAUGAAAAUAAUGUUGAAGAAUCUCAAAAAUGUUCGAAAAUUCAACCACCGCAAAAUCAAUAUCAACCUCCACCAUCUCAUAUACCUCAAGAACCACAACAACAACAUUUAAAAUCAAGAAAAAGUAUUCCAAAUAUAGAUGAUAGUUUUGAAACUGAAUCUUCAAUAAUAGUUGCUGAAUCAACAAAUAUUUUACAAACUCCAAAACCAAAACCAUUAACUUUACAAGCAGGAGGUAUCUAUAAUCCAUCAACUCUGAAUUCAAAUUCAAAUGGAUUAGAUGGUUUUCCAAUACCUGGAAGUCCAGAUUAUACAACAAGAGCAAAUUCAGUAUAUGGAGGUAAUACAACAAAUCCAAAUUUAUCUUCAACUUUACCAAUUGGUGUUGGUACAGGAGGAUUUUUUUCAUCAAGAUUAAGUCAGUCUCAACAAAGCGCAAUGUAUCAACAAUAUGAAGUACAAGAUGAUACUGUAAAAGAUUAUAUACCUAUUUUAGAAGAAGAUGAAGAUGAUGAUGAAGAAUUAAUUAAAAAAGAAAAAACUAGAAAGGCUAAAGAAGAAGCUGAGAAAGAAGAAGCUGAAAAACAAAAACAAGCUCAAGCUCAAAAAAAGCAAAAGAAUAAUGGUCAACAAAAAGAUGGAUGGUUUAAUAAUUGGUUAACAAAAAAUGAUGGAAAACCAAAACCCAUUAGAGCAAAAUUAGGUGAAAAAAUAAAUGUAUUUUAUUAUGAUGAAAAACAUAAAAGAUGGUUAGAUAAAACAAAACCAAUUGAAGAACAAUUAAAUGCAGGAAAAAUUGCUCCACCACCUCCAAGUAUGAAAAAGAAAAAAAAUAUAGAGAAUAAUAACACAAAUGGUGGUAGUGAUGGUGCUAGUGGACCACCUCCACCUUUAAAAUCUAAUUUACCACCAAAACAAACAAUACCUAAUUCAUCAAAUACAACGAAAGAAAACAAUGAUUCUUCUCAACAAUCACAAAAUUCAUUACCAAUUCCAACAGGAAAUAAACCUACUGCACCAAAGAAAAAAUUUAAUAAUUUAGCAAAUGCAAAUUUAGAUGAUUUAUUAUCAAUGACUGAAUCAACUGCUGGUGGUGGUGGUGGUUCAAGAAAAUCCAAGAGGAAUGUACGUAGAAAUUAUAUUAAUGUUUUAGAAAAAUGA